AUGGCCUUGUUCCUCCUGAAAAGUGUCCUGGUUGUAACUGUAUUUUCCAUUUCCCAAAUGGCAUCAGCUGGUGACCCUGAUAUCCUAACAGACUUUGUGAUGCCACUUGAGGUUCCAUCAGUUGACGCUUCUUACUUCACUUUCUUGGGCCUGAGGGGCCUCGUCCGGGCCCCACCACCGGAUAAAUUCAAGGCGACAAAGGCAAGCAUGGCCGAGUUUCCAGCCCUAAACGGACAAAGCGUUUCAUACGCAAUCCUUCAGUACCCUGCAGGCUCUGUCAACCCUGUCCACACUCAUCCACGUGCAUCCGAGCUACUUUUCCUCAUGUCAGGCACGCUGCAAGUGGGAUUCAUCGACAGCACGAACAAGAUUUUUAAUCAGACAUUGCAAACAGGAGAUGUUUUCGUGUUCCCUAAAGGGCUAGUUCACUACCAGUACAAUGCUGAUGUUAACAAUUGUGCUUGGGCUAUAUCUGCCUUUGGAAGUGCAAAUGCAGGCACUGUUUCUGUUCCUAACUCUGUGUUCAAUACCAGCAUUCCUGAUAACAUUUUGGCCAAGUCUUUCAAGACUGAUAUCAUGACCGUUCAGAAAAUCAAGGCUGGUCUAGCCUGAAGAUUAUAUACAUAAGGACUAUGUUGUUUAGACUCUUCAAAA